AUGUUUUUCAUAAUGUUUCUGACAUAGACAUGCAGUAUGCAUUGAAUAUUCUUCAAAAUUAAACCGGUUUACAGAGUAUUUUUACGUCCAUUUGUUAGUUUUUAUGAGCCAUUGUUGUAAUUCGCGGCCCCGCAUCAGCUGGCUUGUUGUAAGCUUAGCGUACAAAUCGCCUCUGCCAGUUUACUACGCCGCUAUACGCCGACAUAAACCUUGGUAUGCGACAUAUAUAUUCCGCCAUUGGUCCCGGUUUUUCUAUGAAUUGACUUUAUCGAAGAUGAAAACGUUGAGAAGUACAUUUUUCCUAUCACGAAGGGAUAAAUGGAUGUAAAUAUUUCUCGAAGUGGAGGCAAAGCUAUGCGCGUAAUGGAGGUCAAAAUGGGAAAAGAAUGACAUAUUUCUGUGGAGGAAGUUUCAUCGAUUUUAGAAGAUUAAUGUGAGAAACCAUGAGUAGGCGAGGGGAUAUUAGACAGAAAAGAGGUCAAUCAAACAGCCCUGUUUCACAGAAAGAACAGAAAGCUCCAGGUGUGAGACAGACCAAGAGAAGAGGGGGACUGACUGAAGUGAAUGUUUCUCCCAAAUCAGAUAACAGUGACAAAAUCUUGGAUCCACCUACAGACUCACUAGGAGGAACUGGAUCCAAGCAGACAUCUGAGACUUCAAAAAGACCAAGAAUUGCCAGAGGACGCACAGGCAGAGGGAAGAAAUCACCAUCAGAAUCUCCUAAACCAGAGGAAGAUCCCCCUCCAAAAGGAACGCCCAACAAUUCAAAACAAAGUCCACCUACAACAGAAGCUAGCAAAAUAGAAGCUCCAGGAUUGCCCCCUCCUGCACCUCCACCAGGUACUAAUCAAAACUCUGACAGUCAUUCUGGUGGUGGAUCCCGACCACAGUCCCGCUCCUCUGUGAGAAGAUCAACAGAUAUACUGGAGAUGGAGGCUCACGAGGAAGAGAAAAGGUCAAUUGCUAUUCCUCCCAAGAAACGGAAAGCAAAUGAAAUAGAAAGGGACGCGUCACCCCCAUCAAAGAGACAUUCCAUAGAUCUGAGUGAGUGGAUAAAUCAGAGAGUUCUGGCCAAGCGUGAUGGACUCUACCAGCCUGGACAAAUUAGUGACAUCAGACAAAACAGACACAUUGGUGUACUAUUUGAUAGUGACAAAAAUACUGUGUAUUUUAACGAUGUCUUAGAUCAAAGGGCUCCGUUCGACAUUAUCAGUGACCAUAGUCCGAUGGCUAUGAUGAUAAAUGUUGGUAGUAGAAUAUGUGUGAGGAUCAACCCAGAAGAAAAUUAUUAUUAUGAGGGAGUUAUUAUUGACAAAAAGUCCCAAUCUCCCUCGUAUCAUAUUAAGAUUCAAGGCCACCAUGAAGACAAGUUCAGGGAUCCCCAAUGGGUGUCGCGUGCAGUUCUUCGUCUAAUUCAGCCACCAUGGUACGAGGACCUAGAAAAUUUAGCAGAGCAACAAGAGCCAGCCACUCCUGUUCCAACAAUGGGAUAUCCUCUGCAAUUACAGAUGCCACAUCAUCCUAUAACUCAUCAUCAUCAUUAUCCCCCACAGAUGGAAAUUAGUCCUCCGUUACAAAACAGAAUGGAGAGAUCCCCUUCUUUACCACAGAGCACCAGCAUAGAAAGAGGGGAUUCCUCGGAGGAUGAAAUGAAAAGUGAGGAAUUUGAUUUUGAUUCAGGACUAAGCACCCCUAGAUCAGGUAGUGCUACUCCAGGUUCUGGUUGUCGAUCCCAGGGAGGAAGCGGAGGAAACCGUCCACCUCCGAAAAAGCGUGAAUUCUCACGAAGUCGAAGUGUACAAUCUUGUGAAAGCAGCCGAUCCAGUACUCCAAGAUCUCCAAGUUCUACGCAGAAGUACAAAAAGGGGGAUGUGGUUUCAACUCCCAAUGGGAUUCGAAAGAAAUUCAAUGGGAAACAGUGGAGAAGAUUGUGUUCAAAAGAAGGUUGCACAAAAGAAUCUCAACGACGUGGCUAUUGUUCUCGACAUUUGUCUAUGAAGGGACAAAAGAACAUGAGAGGAGGAAACAUACAACAAUUUAGGAAAGGGGAAUUUAAAGAUGGACAUAUGGAGUGGUCUGAAAGCUCGACCAGAGAGAGCAGUGUUACUGAUUUUGAUCCUGAGCAUCCUCAGAGAUUUGAUGAAACAGAAGCAGCCAACAUGUUGGUGUCUCUGGGAAAUUCAAGAUCUACUACUCCAGCAUUUUCACCAACUCCUAGUAAUCAUCCCAUUUCUCCACACCCUGUGCAAUCACCAAGUACCAUGGGACCUCGAGGCAAUCCCUUAUCUUUUGCACCUAUUUCACCACACCCACAAACACAAGGCUUUAUGACUUCACCAACUCGUAGCUGGAGUUCAGGAACCUCUAAAUCAGGAAGCUCCUCCUCAGAACAUGUUUCCCCGAUCACUCCCCGAUUCCCUCCAACAUCCCAUGCACACAUGUAUAACACCCCAGAAAUGGAGCAACUGUAUCAGAAAAUUGCAAGUGCCAGUAAUUUUAAGAUUGACGCAGUGAAAGCAGGCCAAGAAGCAAGCAAAUCCCAAGUGAACUUUGACCCUGCUAUUCUGCAUGCACAACAAAGGCUUCCAACAGGAAGUGUAUCUGUUUUACCCAUAACUCCAGAUUUGCAGUCCAGAAAAAUGACACACAGUUUGUCUAUGAGUGCUUUACCUUCUCCAAAUCCUGAUCGACACAAGGAGCUCAACAACCGAACUACAACACCAUCUUCAAGAAUUUCACAAACUUCAAUGUCCACUUUGAAGAGUCUGAUAAAUUCUGCCCCAGCACCCAUUAAACCACAGUCAGCAGUGGUGGCACCAGUUUCCAGUCCAGAUCACAUACCAUCAGUCAUUCAGCAGCAACUGCAACAUCAGAUCCCUGCCCAGUCCUUGUUACCCAUAAUGCCUGUGGCUAAUGGAGGAAAGAAUGAACAACCUACUGCAAUCAACUCUGCUCCAGUAAAUUCGAACAAGCCAGUUCCGGUGUUUCCGUGGCAUGCUUUGGUGCCAUUUCUCACCAAUACAGGCCCUCCUACAGUAACUCAGACCCCUGCCUCAACUUUUGAACAACCAAUAGAAAAACAGCAUCAAAAUAUUAAAACAACAGCAUCACCAAAGAAAGCCAGUCAAUCAGAACAUUGCGUCAGUGUUUCUGAAGCUCCUCCCAUGGAUGAUGACAUUGAAGAUGAUUAUGAUGAUGAUGUCUUCGACACCAAAGAAGAACCACAGCCUGAAGCAAAAAAGAUCCCGGCUAAAAGGCGUAGCCAAAGCCUGAGUGCCUUAAAGGACAAAGAGGAAAAGAGUCCCAAAAAGUCAAAAGAUAAAGAUCACAUCAGAAGACCUAUGAAUGCCUUCAUGAUAUUCAGUAAAAGACACCGGCACUUGGUUCACCAGCGACACCCAAACCAGGACAAUAGGACAGUAAGCAAGAUCCUGGGUGAAUGGUGGUAUGCACUGGGACCCACUGAAAAGCAGAAGUACAAUGAUCUGGCUAACCAGGUGAAAGAAGCACAUUUCAAAGCACAUCCAGACUGGAAAUGGUGUUCACGAGACAGGAAGAAGUCGGGCACCAUUGCUGACAAGUUGAAACAGAGGACCAGUAGUCAGCGUCUGAGCUCUACCGAUGAUAUAUUGGAGGACACAGAUACGGUCAUGGAUACCGAAGACACAGUAUUCUUAAACCGAGAGUCGUUGUUUGAGAAUAGAAGGGGAGGGAGAUCUCAGAGUUUGUCAGCUGUUCCAAGAGAUGGGGAGGGGUCAGCCUUUAUGCCACCAGGAAUGGCUGUCAACCCAAAUGAGGACCAACGAGGAUUUUCAGAGGCAUUAAGAAGACAGUUGACGAAUGGUUUGACCAUUCAGAAAUCUCCUCUGUCACUCCCUUCACAGCAUGAAACCCCACGCUCCUCUCUCAGUCUCCAUUCCUCCCCCCUAGCAAAAUUGUCCCCUCUGGCUCAACCCCCUGUAGACAUUCAACAUCGUCACUCAGUGUCAGGUCCAGAGGAAGGUCAGUUGAGCUCAGCAGUUGGGUUCAGGGAUGCUGCAGGGGACAGGGAUGGCAGCGAUGAUGAGAAAAUGGUCAUUGAUGAAGAAAAAGGUGCAGGUGAUAAGAAUGACCCGGAUGGAAAGAGCUUAAUUUGUCAUGAACAUGUAUCAGAUAGCGAAACUGAUUCCCAGACAGAGGAGGAGGUUCCCGUAGAAAGCAAAAUGAAUAGAGUAUUCCCACAACAACGAUUCUCUCCAUCCAACCAAUCCACAGAUAGAGCAUUCAGACCAACCCCAAUAAAGAAAAUCCCUGAGGGUCAACCAAAGAUGGUUCAGUCAUCAAUACCAGGAGCAGGACUCGACCUAGCUGAACACAUUCCAAGACCAUCCAGUGUAGGAUCAGGAUUCCAGCCUAAAGGUGCUGUAUUCAGAGCUAAGGCUUCCCAUUUAAGAAUGGCAUCAACAGGAAGUGUUUUAGAUGGACAUCAUGCUAAGCAUGACAACACUCCAAGGCUCUGUCAACAACCUCCAGUAAAAGUGGGCAACAUGAAAAUACACAACAUCACAAUGACAACACAGGACCAACAGCUUAUAGUGUCCACAACCACUGAAACAGUGAUUGGUAAGCAGAAUGGCAAAGGGCAGGUCAUCGGUAAGGUGACUAAAUCUAAGCAGAGGAACAAUUCACAACAGGUGCCUAUUCAGCCAGCUGUGACCCCACCUUCACAGUACCAGACAAAACCGGUUACUUCCAGUAAUGUGCAGCUAAUCGCCCCCAGUCAGACUAUAGCCACUAAUGUGGUUCAGAACAAUAUGGUAAUGUCCACUUUCUCAACUAUGGGCAAACCAAUCACAACACCAGUGCCCAUUCUUUCAAAGCCCAUUGUUUCCAUGCAGCAGGCACAUAUUGCCACUCCUACAACUUUAAAGACAGGAGUUCCAAAUAUUCAGCAGAUUCAACCCGGUUCUAACAAUGGUGUGAAAGGGAUGAGCACUAUUGUACUGCAAAACAUUCCAGCUUCUCAGUAUGCUAUUCUGAAUACCCAAAAUAUUGGAAGCCCUGUGGCUGUCACAAAAGCUAUUACUACCACAGUUUCCACUAUUCAAACAAACCAAGUCUCUGGAGGAUUCAUAACAACAUUGAGAAACAUCGCUCCACCCCAAAACCACCAGUCACAGCCUCAGCCCACACCUACAACAAUCUACACAAAUCUGGUUCAAAUCAAGUCCACCAAUCAAACAGCAGCAAUGCCUUCUAUGCUAAAUGCUGUGAAUUCCCAGGCGGGACUUCAACCAACACAGAUUCAGUACAUCCUUCCGUCAGUGAGAUUGGAAACUCCUAACGGAGGCAAAGUCCAGAAUCUUCUUCAAAUGGCCCUUCCUGGUGGACAAGUUCAACAGUUGUCCUUUGGUGGUAACCAAUCACAGGCUCCCUUACAUUCUCCACUUCCACCUCAGAUGCACCAGCAACAUUAUCCACCAUUACAGCCCUCUCAGCCAGUUCAAACUGGACAAAAGAUCCAGCUUGCUUCAGCUGGAUCAGGGAUCAAGAUAAGCCCAGUCAAAUUUGUUCAGGGUCAGGCAAAUCUACUCCAACCCCAGCAGCAACAACAACAGAUAGUGCUGAAUGCCAACAAACAGCAAGGUCUGCCGGUCGCUGUGACCCAGUAUCAGAUCGUUAACCAACCCUCCCCCCUGCCUGCAGGAGCAGUGGCAACAUCUCAUCAGUUACCCACGGUAACCCUAGCCCAGCCAGUCGUAUCACUGGGAGCCUAUCAACAACAGCAACAGACAAUUAACCAACUCCAGAGCCAGACCCAAGGCACCUCAAUCACACAGCUUCAGGUUCAUCCACAGACCCCCACCCACAUACCCACUGCUGUACCCCACACUCCCACCCAGUUAGCCGGUCAGGGACAGGUCACAACACAGCUACAGCAGGUCACUCAAAUGCAGCAAGCCAAACAGUUCCCUGUCAGUCAAGUAUUGACCCCAGGGGGGCAGUACCAAACCAUAGGCCAACAGCAGCCAAGGUUUCAGUUUCUGCCCACACAGCAAAAGGUGAUGGUUCCACAAUCAAUGGCUUUAGCAACGGUGGCCUCGCCCUCGCCAGCUGUCUCGCCAGCUUACAUACAAACCUAUGUGGGAUCUAUCCAACAAAACAAUCAGGGAGGAGUGCAGCAGGUUUUAAUUCAGCCCCAUGCCGUGCGGUCCCCUGCUGCCAGCCCAGGUCUGUCUCAGAGCAUUCCACAGCAGCAGACGAUCACAACGAAUCAAGGAAAACUUGUCUACUACUCAGCACCAAGUCCAACACCCAAGGUUCCAGGAGCUAUCACCACAGAGAAGAAUGACAUAGGUUAUGUAUCAGGAAAUAAUCAGAAUGCAAGACCUCUGAAAGUGAAAGCUACAAUAGCUAACAUUCCUGUGGCUACUGAGAGUUUUCCAACCUCUUCAACCUCCCAAGGCUUACGGAAUUCUUCAAGUUUGGCCCCUAACACUCCCAGUGUUCCAAAAGCCCCCAGUCCUCAGCCAUCAUACAGAAGCCCACAGACAAUGACCGGUCAACACAAGCCUCAGAAGCCCUCUCCUCUGGUCCUUGACAAUUCUGCCAUGAAUGAAGCAACAGAUUUAAAAGCAGACGAGGAGAGGAAGAACGAUGGGGAUGUACGUCAGGAGAGGGCAUGCAAGGGACGAAAAUACAAAGAGCUCGUGGAAACUGGAGCUGUUGCCCCACGCAGAGAGAGGAAGUCUUCUAAAGGAAGUUCUGGGCCAGAUUCUAGUGAGGAGAAAUCACCUGGCUCCCAUUUCACACAGAAGUCUCCAAUUCAUGCUACGUUGCAGGAGCAGAGCAUGCCUGCACCCUCGUCUGCCACACCAGUCGGAACUCCUCUCAGUCCACGACCAAAACACAAGCCUCCACCUCUUCCUGUUUCAUUGGCUCAGAGUUCUGCCAUUCCCUCUCAAAGUCCGGCUCAAAGCCCCAAGAAAGUCACAUUCAAGAAGAAAUGUGAGGAUGGCAUGGAGAAAAAGCAUAACUAUUUCAGAGUGCUACAGAAGGUAGAUUUUGAACAAAAAUUUGAUCAGUUGCCACAGUUUAUCCCAGAAGAAACAGACAUGCAUUCUCCCCUCCCCCAGAGUCCCCGGGGGAUCAUCAGCAACUACAAGCAACGCAAGAGGAAAAUGUCCUCACUUGCGACAGGGGAACUGACACCAAGGGAGGCCGACAUGGAGGGAAUUUCCCCCAGCCCUAGUUAUAAGAAGUUGUCCAGUGAAUCGGAGGCCAACACACCCCGCACACCCCACAGUGCUCGCUUUGAGGACAAUAUGUUCUUUGGAAAAAACUUUGAUAUUGAACAAAUGUCAGCACUAUCAAAGCAAGGUGCAGAGGACUUUGGAGAAGGGAGCAUUGCGUGCUCCCCUCGGACGCCCAAUUCCCCAGCAGGACAGUUUUCUUCCCUUCGACGAAUCCUGGAUCAGAGACGGCAGCUUGUUAUGCAGCUCUUUGAACAAUUUGGGUUAUUUCCCUCAGCCCAAGACACAGCAAAUUUUCAGGCAGAGCAUGCUUCUGUUUUCCCCAGCAAAGUUUGUCUGCAAUUAAAGAUCAGGGAAGUUCGUCAGAAAAUGAUGGCCCAGUCAGCAGCUGCUGAAAAGGCUUCCCAGAAUUCACCUGGAGCUUGUGGAGAUGCAGGACAGAGAACCUUGGAUAUGGCUUCCAGUUCAGAUCCAUCUGGUGGUGGAGACAGCAGAGAUUCGGGAGGAUAUAAUCAAAUGUCAUUACCUUCUCGCUCGGAGGGUAACAUGGAAUGAUAGUGCUACUGCAAUUUAUGAAAUUACUUGCAACUUAGCGGUUUUCUUGGAUCAAAUAUAUGUCACAUUGUCUCUAUAAUCAAAGUGCAAAUUAUUUCUCUGUGUUAAUUUGUUUGCUUUUUGUUCUGUACAAAAAAACAAAACACCUGUAUUUCAAAUGGCAAUUUUUGGUGAUAGCUAACUAUAUGGCACAUAUAUAAAAAGAAUACUAGACUCUUCUAAUGAAGCAUGUUUUAUGUACAAAUGUCAUGUGCUGUAACUUUAAAAGUAGUCAAAGGUGCUGGAAAUGAAAUGGUUGGUUGAUAAACAGCCGGGGAAGUGCCAAAGGGGGAAAAGUAUGGAGAGGUGUAUCCAAUACAGAUUAAAUCUGUUGAGUUAGGAAGAUGGAGGGCAGGCCCUCAGUCUGUUUUUACAGAUGAUGGAGUUUUAUCUCGGACAAUAUCUUUUUAUUUUUAGUUCUUUCUGUGAUUUGAACACAGUAUACAGAUAUAGACGAGAUUAUAUAUAUAUAUUGUUAUAGAUAACAUUUAUUAUUAGAGUUGUUUGUUAUUUAAUGAGUUCUUGUUUGUGUCUCUUAGUUGUUUUAGCUUCAAGUUGUUUCCUUCAUGUGACAACCCUGUUGUCUCCGUUUUUAUAGUUAGAUUCUUCCUAUGUUGUGUUUCUACAUGUUCAGUGAUAAAUUUAUUUUGAUCAAAACUUUGACAGAACAUGAAUAUUUUGUUUCCAACUUUUUCGUAUAUAUUUGUGCUGCAUACAUGUGAUUUCUCUCAUUGAUAUCUGAAUCCCCUAUAAGAUUUUAUGCACUUCAUAUUUAAGAUCAUUUUCGUAUUAUACUCAAGAUUUUUUCCCCUUAUAGAUAGAUAGACAGUAACAACGUACUUGUAUGUUAAAGAAUUAAAAAAAAAAAAUCUGUGAGAGUGGAGGGUUGAAAACAUAGCAUGUUAGCUUCAUUAGUAUUGCAACUUUUGGUCAUCAUAAAAGCUGUUUAAGUUAAAAACAAUCAGAUCCAGGUUCAUUUCAAGCAGACAAGUGUAUUGUGGCUGUUCUGACAUAGGGAUGUGUGGUUGGGAUUUGUUUAUCCGGACUCUUAACAAUCCAGGUGCUUCAGCUUCCAAAUGAGGUUUCUGGACAAUUUCUUUUGGGAACCAAUUUAUUGCAUCUCAUUAAUAUCUCGGUUAUCUAGAUGUUUCAUGCAUUUGGAUACUUGUGCCUAAAAUGAAAGUGUCUGUAUGAACGAGACUUGACUAUCCUUGGCAUUAGUAAGAAAGAUUCUCAUUAUAAGGUUGUAUCAAAGAGAUACAAUGUAUUAUUUUACAUAAAUUAAAUGUAAAAAUAUUGUGAAAUUUUAAAACCUACAACAUUUAAGUAUAGAUGAUUUUGUAUGUUGUUUAAAGAUAUUAUGUUAUGAGAAAAUGGCAGUUGUAAUAUAGAUAAUGUAAGAAAGAUAUUCUGAAAUUCCAGAAAAAUGUGAUAAAUGACAGGUACGUGUAUCUUCUUGCUGCAUGCAGUUUUGAUACACACUGUUUCGUGUUUAGUUGUUAGAAGCAGUUGAAUGGGAGAGGGUUAAAACAAUGAUAUUUGUGAAUAAAUCUCUUAAGCUCAUUGGACAGGCAGACUGGGAGGGCUACUCAUUGUGUCAGUAUUUAGUUAACUGCAAUAUGUAGCCCUAUCCGAUUUUUUUUUUAUUCUGACGUUUUUGCUCUCCCUAAGAAAAAAAUCUGAGAGGGCUACAUUAUUACAGCUAGUAUUCAGUGAGAUCUAUAAAUCUCAGAGAGUUAACUAUUGCUCCAAGUUACAAUGAGUGUAUUUUCUUUUUCUUCUUCAGCAAUGGCAAUUGUAAAAUCACAACAGAGAAUGUGCAUAUCAGCACUAUAAGUUUUAUAACCAUUGAUGUACCUGGUAUUUUGAGAAGAUUUUAUUACAGAACAGACAAAAUCAGUGCAAUCUAUGUUUAUUCUUUCUCUUCAUUAAUUUCAUUAUUGAAGCUUCAUAAUAGUUUCCUCAUUUUUUUUAAAAACCAAUUUCCAUUUGGUUUCUUUCCUGAAGCCUUUUUUAGUACUGUAGAAGUGUUUGUCCUUGUUCAGUUGUGUUAGGCCCAGCGUCAUGACUUGUUUUUACUUGACAAUUACUCAUCAAUAUAAUGCCUUAUUAGUAGUUAGUCACCAAGUGUAGGUAACUAAGUAUUGCACAGGGUCAAGAUGUUUUCCCUCAUUGCAUUUAAUAUAUAUUUUGAAUCUCUCAUCUUUCUCUAUUUGUGAUUUAUUUUACCAUGUUUUUUUUUUUUUGUUGAAAAUUUUUAUUCGGAUCAAAGUGGAUGAAAGCAAAAUGUAAUUGUUGAGAAGAAUAUAAAGAGGGGUGAAUAAUUUUUAAGAAUUGUGAUUUAUUUCUGAAAUGUGAAUUAGACAUGAAAUGAAAAUAGUGAAAGAUGCUGUUUGAUUGUUCAUGUAAUCUCAAUCAAAUACUUUCAUAUACUUUGAAAUAGAUCAGAAAACUUCUUCCUUCUGAAUGAACAACUUUUUUGUCAAAAUCUUUCUAGUUUUUAUGAGGUUGUUAAACUCAUCGAGUCUGUAUAUUCUUAAAAACGUUAAGAAGUCCAGUAAGUCAUUCUGAUAGUUCUGGAAAUGUACAUAUUGAAUGUGAUCCGUUGUUGAACAUAGAAUCUAUGUUGCUGUUACAAGAAAUUGUGAUUUGUUUUAUGAUUACAAUAAUAAACGUCAUACUGAA